UCAACUUCAAAAGCAUACGGUUGGCAUCCAGCAUACGGCAUAUUUAAUGUGUGAAAAUAACCUUUGUAAUAAUGACAGAAUUUGAAUAUCAUUUUGUUCCUCCUCAGUUACAAGAUAAUCCAACAGGAUGGGGACCGUGUACUUUGCCGGAUCAGUUCAAAGAUAUGCCUUACCAGCAGUUUUCCAAAAACGAUCGUUUAGGAAAGGUUGCUGAUUGGACAGGAAAUACUUAUCAAGACAGAAGAUAUGCCAAUAAAUACCAGUCUCAGUUUGGUGCUGGCAGCCAAUAUGCAUAUUUCCAUGAAGAAGAUGAAACUACAUUCCAACUUGUAGAUACAACGCGUGUUCAUAAGCCUAUGCAUCAACGAGGUCGCUUCCGCAUGAACCAGCAAAGAAAUAUGCGUAAUCGUGAACGUAUGAAACAAGCUCAACAGCAACAAAUGCAGAUUCUGUCAAAAAAUGCAAAAGGACGUGAAAGAGAUCGUAUCCAGCAAGUGCGUAAAUGGCAGAAGCAGAUGCGGCAUAAAUUUGAUAAUAAAGGACAAGCACCAGUGAAGAAUCGGGAUGCAUCAGUAACAGUUCGUCCAGAAUGGCAAGUCAUAGAAGAAAUGGACUUUCCAAGAUUGGGCAAACUUUCUUUACCAAGUGUGAAUGAAGGGAAAGAUGUUUACACAUGUGGUGCUGUUGAAUUUUACGAUAAAUCAUACGAUAGAGUAACAUGCAAAUUAGAAAAACAACUGCAAAGAAUUAACAGGAUUUUCCAUAAAGUAACUACUACUGAUGAUCCUAUUAUUCGACAGCUGACGAAAUCUGAAGGAAAUGUGUUUGCCACUGAUGCAAUAAUAGCUACUCUCAUGUGUGCCACUAGAUCAGUUUACUCAUGGGAUGUAGUUGUUCAGCGUGUUGGAAACAAGUUAUUCUUUGAUAAGAGAGAUGAUUCUGAAUUCGAUUUGUUAACAGUGAAUGAAACUGCUGCAGAACCGCCCCAUGAAGAAGGAAAUAGUAUUAACUCACCUAGAAAUUUAGCUUUAGAAGCAACUUUUAUAAAUCAUAAUUUUUCUCAGCAAGUAUUGAAAAUGGGUGAGGAGAAAUAUUCUUUUGAAAAUGUUAAUCCAUUUAUUCAGAGCGAUGAAGAAGGUGAAGUAGCGUCUGUUGCAUAUCGAUACCGUUCAUGGGAUCUUGGUGAUGGUGUGCAGCUUGUAGUGCGUUGUGAACAUGAUGCAGUAAUGCAUGGGCCUAAUUCAGAAUUGCAGUUUAUCAAUAUAAAAGCUUUAAAUGAAUGGGAUCCUAGGGCUUCUGGUGGCAUUGAUUGGCGUCAAAAACUAGAUACACAGAGAGGAGCUGUUCUUGCUAAUGAGCUGAAAAAUAAUUCUUGCAAACUUGCUAAAUGGACUGUUCAAGCUUUAUUAGCUGGAUCUGAUCAAAUCAAAUUUGGGUAUGUAUCUCGGGUCCAUGUACGAGAUUCUGCAAAGCAUGCCAUUUUAGGUACUCAACAGUUCAAGCCAAAAGAAUUUGCUGAUCAAAUAAAUUUGAACAUGGAUAACGCAUGGGGUAUUUUACGUUGCAUCGUAGACACCUGUAUGAAAUUAAAAGAAGGAAAAUACCUAAUCAUGAAAGAUCCUAAUAAGCCUGUUAUCCGAUUAUAUGAUAUACCAGAUAACACCUUUGAAACUGAAGAUGAUGAAGAGGAUGAGGAAGGGGAGGAUGAACUUAACGGUGGCGGUGAAGAUUGAAAUAAUACUACUUCAGAGAACAAAAGAACUGAAAAGGAACUAUAUGGAAUUUAUUGACAUGUACAGUGUUGUUUAGAAACAUUUUGACACUUUGUACAGCAAUAAAUAUAAAUAAAUUGUUUUCAAAUUUA